CUUCCAGCGGCCUCUGUAACGCUGCCUUCUGCGCCUCCGGCCUGGCUCGCUCUCCCGUCUGUCUCACUCUUGCAGAGGAGGCCAAGUCCAAGUCCUGCCCAGGGCGGGGCCGCUCAUCGCAGUCCCCAGCCCGGGGUGCAGCAGAGCGCGGAGGACGGCGGCGCAGGCGGCAGCACAGGGCUCAGCACGGAACAGGGCGCGGAGAGGAUGCUGCUGUCAGGGCACAAGGUGCUGCUGCUCCUCACUGCGCUCCUCAUCCCCUCUGGCUGGACACCCCCAGGCGUCAGCGGUCAGCGAGGAGAUGACGUGACCGAAGAAACAUUCACAGAUGAUCCUAAUCUAGUGAACGAUCCGGCUACAGACGACACAGUUCUGGCUGAUAUCGAGCCUCCCACAGAUGACCUGGCUCUGGCCAGUGAUAAAAAUGCCACUGCAGAGUGCCGGGAUGAGAAGUUCGCCUGCACGAGACUGUACUCGGUGCACCGGCCGGUCAGGCAGUGCGCCCACCACGUCUGCUUCACCAGUUUACGGCGCAUGUACAUCAUCAACAAUGAGAUCUGCUCCCGCCUCGUCUGUAAGGAGCACGAAGCCAUGAAAGAUGAGCUGUGCCGUCAGAUGGCAGGUCUGCCCCCGAGGCGACUCCGCCGCUCCAACUACUUCCGACUUCCGCCCUGUGAGGAUGUGAAUUCGCAGAGGCCCCGUGGCCUGUGAUCACCGGUGAAAGACCAAAGCCGGAAACAUAGGAAUUCUGCUUCUCCACUGUCAGCUAAUCCAUAGACAGCAGUAUUUCUUAAGCCAAUCCUCUUAGAAUGUCUAGCUUUUUGCCCCUACUCCCUAAUUUUUCAGAGACCGAUAACAUUUAUCUCAGUUUUCAGUACUUUAAGUGUAAUUGUUGCAUAAUUUUGCUGCCUCCCAGUAUCAUAGGCCUAGUGGAUACAUGAUGACCACCUGGCUGAUAGAGAAACAUUCUACAUACUGUUUUCAGCAGAGAAUAAACUUUAUAUAUCUAUUUUUUGGUGGUGCUAAGAAUUGAACCUGAGGCCUCAUGAAUGCUAGGCAAGAGCUCUAGGGCUGAGCUACAGCCCCAGCCUUUUAGGUUAAUAACCUCAACCAUUCAAUCUGCUAGACAUAGAUCUUAAGGUGGAGGAUGCUAUUCUUGUCUAUUUUGGCUGGUUGUAGAGCUUCACAUUAUUUUCCUUUUUCAGUUCCUAGAAAACCUUCAAUCAUUUCUCCAUAUUUGUUUUAACUAUUUUGCUUUUUUUUUUUUUUUUUUUUUGGUACCGGGAAUUGAACUCAGGACCUUGUGCUUGCUAGGCAGGCGCUUGUGCCACUGAGCUAUAUCCCUGGCCCUUAACUAUUUUGCUUUGAUUAUCCUAAUUUUUGCCUGGGAGGUCUUUUUGAUGAGAGGGAUGAUGGUAAUUUUUGUAGUCCUAGGAGACUGUCUAACAGAGCCAAGGAUUUUAAAAUCUUAUAUAAAUACAUGAAGACCCGCUAUUGCCUUCUGCCACGCUCAGAGGCUGGGGCUAGAGAGCACGCUGCCAGGUACAGAACUUGACUCUUAAUUCCAGCUCGUCCUCCUUUGUCCCCAAGGGAGGUAGGACUGGGAGUCAAGUCUGGUUUUCUUAGUCAUGUACAUUUCACUAUUAUUAUUCCGGUGCUGCGCUGGCCCCCACCACAAAGCAAGUUAGGGAGCUUCUCCUGAAUCCACAUCCACGUUCCUGACUCCCCUGGAUUUGUGCUUGUUCACGCUCACCGCUUCCCCGGUGCACAGCACAGCUUCCUGUGCCCAUGGCUUCCAGAAUAUCCCGGCUGGGUCCUGAGAAGGGCGGGCGGAUCUGAGCUUCAGGAGGCGGGCAGAAAACUUACCUAAUGUUUAAAAAUAAAGGGGAAAAGAAA